UGGCCACACCGUCAUGACGUCAUCGCCCUCCUCCAUGAUGACUCCAUCACUGGACCCGCUCUCCAGCUGCCUUUCCCCCUCCACCACCAACAGCCUCAGCUGUUUGGCCAGCUGUUUGACAGCUGUCGCCAGCUGUGAUGACAACGCCUCUCAGCUGGUCGUUCUCAUGUGUGCCAAUGAGCUAAUGAAAGUGGCUAUCGCUUCAAACACACCGCCGUCGACCUUCGCAGUCACCCAGUCGCUAGUGUCGCUGCUCACUAGAAACGGCGGAACUUCGCUGACGUCAUCAGCAGGUGAGGAGGAGAAGGAGGAGGCGGUUGGGGCUUCCCCCGCUCUACCGCCAUCACCGCAGAGUCCACUGGAGGCGAAAAUCAGUCCACUGCUGUUGGCGAAUGCUCUGGCUGCGUGUGUCCUGUCCAAUCGACUCGAAAGCAAGCAUCGACAAUGGGCCACCCAACAACUGCUGAAAUGUCUGUCUUCGAAGUCGCCGCUUCCCUCUCUACAUGCGAUGGAUUCUUUGAAUAUGGCUGACCUGACUUCGGUAAUGGACAGUUCGACAUUAGCUCUGUUCCAAGGUCACGAGGAUAGAGUCGCUUGUUUGGCGUGGCAGUCCGAGCAAGGUGUACUGGCCUCCAGUGGCUGCGACAGUACGGUUCGAAUCUGGUCGCUGAGCAAAUGGAGUCUAGAGCAGACCCUUGUGUUUCGUCUUUCGGAAAAUGUCUAUGGCAGUCAACUGAACGGUCAGCUCAUCGAUCAUCUGGGAUGGUCGCCCUCUAAGAAGUUCAUUGCUGCUUCUAUGAAUAACACCAUCAACAUCUGGUAUUUGCCAGAGAUCAGCCUGGUUGGUGUUGGCAGUGAGUACUUGCUGGAGUCGCAGGCAGGGCUCAGAUCACGUGUCUCUGCUGGCCGGUGA